UCUGUCGAUAAUGAACGUCUUAAUCCUUUUUACACUUGUAUCGUUAUCAUCGUCGUAUCGAUCUCUCGGUAUGAUACGAACUCCCGCGAUUCAAACGAAAUUGGGACCCGUGCAAGGUGCUGUUUUGUCCACCGUGUGGAAUUCGAUUAAGUAUUCUUCGUUCAAAGGAAUUCCGUUCGCAACACCACCUGUUGGUCGCCUCAGGUUCAAGCCACCUGUGCCGCCAACCCCGUGGAACGCAACACGGGCCGCCAUUGAGGAGCCAGAAUCAUGUCCUCAAGUAUUCCUCGGCGAUUUCCAUUACAUGGGAAACGAGGACUGCCUGUAUUUGAGCGUAUUCACUCCUGAGACGAAUUUUAAUCGAAACAUGACUCCACGGGCAGUUAUGGUGUGGAUGUACGGUGGUUCCUUUGUUUCGGGAUUCAUCAACACAACGUACUACGGUCCGGAUUUCUUCAUAGAGAAAGAUGUGAUCAUAGUCAGCAUCAACUAUCGCGUCGGUGCCCUCGGAUUCUUAAAUUUGAAUCAUCCUGACGCGUUAGGCAAUGCUGGCUUGAAGGAUCAGACUAUGGCGUUACGAUGGAUUCAAGAAAAUAUUGCAGCGUUUGGGGGUGAUCCGGGCCGAGUGACGAUUUUUGGGGGAAGUGCUGGCGCCACGUCCGUGACUUUGCACUUGUUGUCAGAACAUUCGCGAGGGCUCUUUCAUCGGAUCAUCGCCCAAAGCGGUACACCGAUGUUCCCUCUCUAUUCGUCGCCAGAAUUGGCGCUGAAUAAUGCUGUUAGGCUCGCUUCUACCCUCGGGUUCACGUCACAAAAUCCAGCGGAAAUCCUGGAAUUCUUACUUCGUGCACCUGCCCAGGAUAUCGUGCAGAAAACAGAGACUAUGGGCGUGGCCACUGCAUACGUUACACUGCCGUUUGCCCCUACGACGGAAAAUAACCGUCUCGCUGCACCCGAAGACAUAUUCCUGUCCGAAUGUCCGAUAAAGGUGCUUGAAAGUGAAAAAUUCCACAAAUACGACGUAAUGUUGGGUUUCGCCAAAGAUGAAUACAUUACGUUUUUGCCCUUCGUUUAUCGAAUACUAGAUAGGUUCGCAAAAAUAUGGAACACACUCUUCGAGUAUAUUCCGUUCAUCCCUGAGUAUUGGUAUGGUCCGCUGAAUGAACUGUUGACGAUUGGACAAGAGUUCGUAUUUAAGGCACCGAUCGAUCUCACUCGAGAAUUAAUAGAACAGAAUAACGAUGGCCAUCCUAUUUAUUUUUAUCAAAUAUCGUACAGUUCGCCCUAUGCCUUUCACCAUAUGGCUAACGUUUCAAUAGAAGGAGCUAGCCAUUAUGAUGACGUCUCGUUCAUUUUCAACAUGGAAAUAUUGCAUGCUCCCACUGAUCCAAAACAUCCUUAUAAUCAAUUUCGAAGUAAGGUGGUCACGUUGUGGACGAACUUCGCCAAAUAUGGGAAUCCUACACCGCAAGGCGAUAAAGAGCUAGGAGGCGUAAUUUGGGAGCCAUCUGGAAAAGAUGGCCGAGUAUUUAACAUCAGUGAAACUUUCGACAUGAUGAAUCGUAAUGAUGUGAUAACCGAACGGAUUCUUCUUAUCCAAAAAUUGGUCUAUUCUAUCGCGCAUUAUAUAUCUGGCUGCAGUUGAAUUGUAUCAAUUGAAUUGACGCGUUUGAAUGUUGUAAAAUAAAUAAAGGGACUUUUAUUUCAGUAACAA